AUGCCUGGUUGCAGCGACAGGAGCUGUGAUCAUCACAAGUGUGUGUUCUACAUGGCUGAGUCGCUCAGGUACGGUGGCUUCACUGGCGCCCGUUGUGAUGAUUUCUCCGCUGCGCUCGUUGGCAGAUGCCAAGGUCCUGACUCCCUGAAGAUGGGUGGUACUAAACCUAAAACUGGGAGUUCCGGCAUCUUCCACUUGGACACCAAUGCAGAGUCACCUCUAUCUAAAUUUUAA